AUGAUCACAACAAUUAUGCAUAUCAUUCUGAACAGAUUAUUAGCGUCCUUCAUCACAAAGUAUGACAAGUUGCCUUCAAUUAUAUUCAGAUUCAUGACAUGGUACAAACGUCUGAAAAGGCAUGUGACAGUGAAACACAUUGAUCAGGAGGGCUUCAGAUUCUGUUACUUUACCCGAGGGACCCCAGGACCCCAGCCCUCCAUUUUGAUGCUUCAUGGAUUCUCGCUCAACAAAGACAUAUGGCUAAACAUACUCAAGCUCUUUCCUAAGGAUCUCCAUGUGAUCUGCGUUGACUUGCCUGGUCACGGAGAUACCACCCGCUUCUUGGGAGAAAGUUAUACUAUAGCGGCUCAAGCCAAAAGGAUGCACCAGUUCGUUGAAUGGACUGGUCUGAACAAAAAGCCGUUCCACUUGGUUGGCAUGUCCAUGGGCGGAAUGGUUGCUGGGGUUUAUGCCGCUAAUUAUCCAUCUGAGGUCUGUGCCUUGUCCCUCCUUUGCCCAGCCGGUGUGAGGAAUCCAACAGAGACUGAUUUCUUUCUGCGCUUCAGAGAGCUGGUUUAUUCUAAGGAAGCCUCUGACGGCACUCUUGUUUCAAUGAAUGAAAAGGAGGCGGAAGAGUUACUUGAGCUUUGUUUACAUCAACCCAAUUUCAUCAAGAGACAGCUCCUAAAAGGAUAUCUUCAUGAUCGGAGACCACAUAAGAUGUUUUUUGUUACAUGUUUUUUAGAUGUCUCAAGUGCGAAGUCCAGAUACAGCCUUCAUGACAACAUGAGGAGGAUCAGAGCUCCAACACAGAUCAUCUGGGGAAGGGAGGACAAGGUCUUUGAUUCUUCUGGUGCUGAAGUUUUAGCCACCGCCAUUCCCAAUUCCAAAGUGCAUAUCUUGGAACGAUGUGGACACUUCAUCGCACUUGAGAGGCCUCGGAAGUCUGCAAAGCUCCUCUUGGAAUUCUAUCGUUCCAUUUGUGGCGCAGCAGAAGAUAAGAAGGAGGCGUAAACCUGACAAAGAAGGAGUCCUUGCUUUUCCAGUUUGAUGUUUUUAAAGUGUUAAAAUGAACAUGUUUCUUUCUGUACACAGCAAUAUAAAAUUACAUUUUGCCAGUGAAAGGCCUACAGGCACAAGAUUAAGCAAGCAUUAAUAUACUGACAAACAAAUGGGUGUUUUCAAACUAUGAGAACUAUCGUAAUUUUGGAAUACGGUUAACUGGACAAUCUAAUGUGUUUGCCCAUAUGCAGGCCAUAUGGUAAUUCUAAUUCUUGUCUUAGACAUCAAGAAACAUGCCUUGAGUAAAAAUUAAAGAU